CAGCGGCGGCCGGGGAGGCGGGCACGGCCGGGCGCGCUGCGGAAACCUGCCGGCUCUCGCUGCCCGCCAGCCCGGGGACCCGCCGCUGUCUGCCCCGCCGGGGAGCAUGAGGAGGGGGCGGCUGCCGGGCCAUACGCGCUGCUGCUGCUGCUGACAGCCCCGGCCCCGCGCCUCCUUCCCCGCAUGGCCCUGGCGCUGCCCGCCCGGGGCUGAGCCCUGCGCCGCUGCGGAGCUCUGCGGACGCCAGGUAGGAAGACAUUUGGAAGCUGGUCAGACAAAGCUAUCAUGUUGGGGUUAAGUCAUUCACCCGCCUUUCCUGAAGGUUUUCACCUUUUAAGUAUUGUGGCACUCUUGCUAUUCCAUGUGGACAAAGCAUAUGCAGAAAGUCCAACAGAAGCACCAAACGACACUCAAGUAUGUACUGGUACAUAUUUUUGCAAACCAGGUGUAAUUUUACCUAUCUGGGAGCCCCAAGACCCUUCAUUUGGUGAUAAAAUUGCUAGAGCUACUGUCUAUUUUGUGGCCAUGGUCUACAUGUUCCUAGGUGUAUCCAUCAUAGCUGACCGCUUCAUGUCCUCUAUAGAAGUCAUUACAUCCCAAGAGAGAGAGAUAACUAUCAAGAAGCCCAGUGGUGAGACCAGCAAAACCACAGUGAGGAUUUGGAACGAGACUGUGUCCAACCUAACGUUGAUGGCUUUGGGCUCUUCAGCCCCUGAGAUUCUACUUUCUGUUAUUGAAGUAUGUGGUCAUGGUUUCACUGCGGGGGAUCUUGGACCGAGCACCAUUGUAGGCAGUGCCGCCUUUAACAUGUUCAUCAUUAUAGCCAUAUGCGUCUAUGUAGUUCCGGAUGGAGAAAUAAGGAAGAUUAAGCAUCUACGAGUGUUUUUUGUGACAGCAGCUUGGAGCAUCUUUGCCUACACUUGGCUCUACCUUAUUUUAUCUGUCAUAUCACCCGGUGUUGUGGAGGUCUGGGAAAGCUUGCUCACUUUCUUCUUCUUUCCCAUUUGUGUGGUGUUUGCAUGGGUAGCCGACCGAAGGCUUUUAUUUUACAAGUAUGUCUACAAGAAGUACAGGGCUGGCAAACAGCGAGGCAUGAUCAUUGAACAUGAGGGUGACAGGCCAUCAUCCAAAGCUGACAUUGAAAUGGACGGCAAAGUGGUUAACUCCCAUGUGGAGAACUUCUUAGAUGGCACCCUGGUUCUGGAGGCAGAUGAGAGGGAUCAAGAUGAUGAGGAAGCAAGGAGAGAAAUGGCUAGAAUCCUGAAGGAGCUGAAGCAGAAGCACCCCGACAAAGAAAUCGAACAGCUGAUAGAACUAGCUAACUACCAGGUUCUGAGCCAACAGCAAAAGAGCCGAGCCUUUUAUCGCAUUCAGGCUACUCGGCUAAUGACGGGUGCUGGCAACAUUUUGAAGAGACAUGCUGCGGAUCAGGCACGGAAAGCUGUCAGCAUGCAUGAGGUCAACUGUGAAGUGGUGGAAAACGAUCCUGUCAGUAAGAUCUACUUUGAGCAGAACACCUACCAGUGUCUCGAGAACUGCGGCACAGUAGCUUUGACCAUUGUUCGCCGAGGUGGUGACUUGACCCAUGUCGUUCACGUUGACUUCAGAACAGAAGACGGCACAGCCAAUGCAGGGUCUGAUUAUGAGUUUACUGAAGGGACUGUGGUCUUCAAGCCUGGCGAGACACAGAAGGAAAUCCGCGUUGGCAUAAUUGACGACGAUAUCUUUGAGGAGGAUGAGAACUUCCUCGUUCACCUCAGCAAUGUGCAAGUGAGCACUGAAGCAUUGGAUGAAGGAAUUCUGAAGGCCAACCAUGUCGCAACACUUGCCUGCCUGGGGUCACCCUCCACUGCCACCGUUACCAUCUUUGAUGAUGAUCAUGCGGGCAUCUUUACCUUUGAGGAGCCAGUCACUCAUGUGAGCGAGAGCAUUGGAACCAUGGAAGUGAAAGUGCUGAGAACGUCCGGUGCCCGAGGAAAUGUUGUUGUGCCCUACAAAACCAUCGAAGGCUCAGCCAGAGGGGGAGGAGAGGACUUUGAGGAUACUUGUGGAGAGCUUGAAUUCCAGAAUGACGAGAUUGUCAAAACGAUAUCAGUCAAAAUAAUUGAUGAUGAGGAGUAUGAGAAAAACAAGACCUUCUACCUUGAGAUUGGGGAGCCCCGUCUGGUGGAGAUGAGUGAGAAGAAAGCUCUGUUGUUGAAUGAGCUUGGUGGCUUCACAAUAACAGGGAAACUUCUGAAUGGCAAACCUGUCUUCAGGAAGGUCCAUGCUAGAGAACAUCCAAUUCCUUCUACUGUAAUCAGCAUUCAAGAAGAGAAUGAAGAGAAACAGCCACUGACGAGCAAAGAGGAGGAAGAGCGCCGCAUUGCAGAAAUGGGACGCCCAGUACUGGGAGAACAUACCAAACUAGAAGUCAUUAUUGAAGAAUCCUAUGAGUUCAAGAAUACUGUGGACAAGCUCAUUAAGAAGACAAACCUAGCCCUUGUGGUUGGAACUAACAGCUGGAGAGAACAGUUUAUUGAAGCUAUCACAGUCAGCGCUGGCGAGGAUGAUGACGAUGACGAAUGUGGGGAAGAGAAGCUGCCGUCCUGCUUUGAUUAUGUGAUGCACUUUCUGACUGUCUUCUGGAAGGUCCUUUUCGCCUUCGUCCCCCCGACAGACUACUGGAAUGGCUGGGCCUGCUUCGUCGUCUCCAUCCUAAUGAUUGGUUUGCUGACAGCUUUCAUCGGGGAUUUGGCAUCCCAUUUUGGCUGCACCAUUGGCCUGAAGGAUUCAGUGACUGCAGUCGUGUUUGUUGCAUUGGGAACAUCAGUGCCAGACACCUUUGCCAGCAAAGUGGCGGCUACGCAGGAUCAAUAUGCUGACGCCUCAAUCGGGAACGUCACCGGGAGCAAUGCUGUGAAUGUUUUCCUGGGGAUUGGCGUGGCCUGGUCCAUCGCUGCCAUCUACCACGCGGCAAAUGGGGAAGUGUUCUACGUCUCCCCCGGCACCUUGGCUUUCUCCGUCACCCUCUUCACCAUUUUUGCUUUUAUCAGUGUGGGCGUGCUGCUUUACCGGCGGAGACCGGAGAUUGGAGGUGAGCUGGGUGGGCCGCGGACUGCCAAGCUUCUGACAACAUCCCUCUUUGUGCUCCUUUGGCUCUUGUACAUAUUGUUCUCAUCUCUGGAAGCCUACUGCCACAUAAAGGGCUUCUAAAGGAACAAUCAGAGAUAGUAAAUAUAUUGCUAGAGAUCUAUAUGUAUCUAUAUAGAAAGCUAUAUAGAUAUAGAUAGAGACAAAACAUUGUGUAUAAUGAACAGAGGAAAAAGAAAAGACAUUUGCCAUGUUCACUUACCUGCUGAUGGAAUGCAGCUUAGAGCAUUCUCUGUACUAGGUAGGAGUAAGAAUUCAGCAAGAUUCUUAACCAGGGGUUGCAGCAUAUUAAAGGAGGCACGGAUGCAGGGCCACCUUUGCAACUCUACCUACAAGAGCGAAUGAUACUGACUUUAUUGUUGCUCCCACCCUGACCCCUGGGGAGGAUUGAUCUGAAAUGUAAUUUGGGCUUUUCAGUAAUGCCGGGGCCAGAAUAGCUGUUAAGAAGCCAAGUGGUGGAGGGAAGGCAAGGAAUAGGGGACUUCAUGACUUUCUUACAAAAGUCUAUUUGCCUUCAUAUAUUGAGGACAUGCAGAUCUGUCCCCACUGAAUGAAAACAAGAGUCUGGACUGAAGAAGGAAGUCCAGGGGUUCAAGAGCUUUCUACCAAUAGGAUGGAAACCCCACUGCUGUUCUUGCUUGGAUGCCCGAUUUAUUAUUCAGUUGUUAGAGUGUUGACAUGCUGAGAGUCACAAGAACAGUGCGAGCCAUUUCCUUAUUUUUUGGCUGUAUUAUGAUCAUCAUGGCCUCUCCCCUACCCUGCAGACAAAAUCAGCGAGUCCGCUCACCCCACACUUCCCCGCUGUGCCUUGCAGGCACCUGUCCAAACCCUUUGUCUCAAGUCCCUGUUUUAGUUCUGACAGAAUCUUGGGGGCUUUACUUUUGUUGCCGUCCAUUCCCUAACCAGCCCCUAGUGCGUUGCUCCCAUCUCAUAUUCCUGACUGGGAAUGCUGUUGUGGUCCUUGUAACACUUCGCAUGAAUGAAGUAACCCGUAUCUGUAUAUAGCAUUGUGUAGCAAUAGUCCAUUCAGCAGUGUGGAUCUGAUGCUGAAGAAGUGAGUGAGUUUUCUUUUCACCCAGGUUUGGUUUUGGGUUUGGUUUUUUUCUUAAUGGGAUAAGGGGAAGUGACUAACCCUUUAGCUCUCUGCACAGGGUUUUUUAAGAAGCAAUAACAAAGAACUGUGCAGCUAUAAAUGCUAAAGGGAAGAAUCUGUGCAAAAUGCAUCAUAAAGUCUUGUAAAGUGAAAUCCUGGCUCCAUUAAGUCAAUGGCAAAAUUCCCAUUGACUUCAGUGGGGCAGGAAUUUACCCAUAUGGGGUGACCCAGAGCUUACUGAAGUCAAUGCAAAUACUUUCAUUGACUUCAAUAGGUUCUGCAUCAGGUCCAUAAAGAUUAACAUACCAUUUUAAGGGCCAGAGCCUGCCACCCUUGCUCAUGCAGCAUAGAACUUUGUCCCACUACUAGUCGCUUUGAACACAACGGGGUUAAGUACCAGUCAGCCUGGGCAUGAGUGGCAGCACCAGCCCCUGAAUAAGCAAACCAUGCCUGGGUUUUGUAAGCAUCAUUUUUUCCCAGUGAGGCUAUUUUACAUCUUCUGUGGCUGCAACAGAUGUCAGAUAUUGUCAGUGUUUGUGGCUGUAGAACCCCCAGGCUCCAUUUCUGUUCCCUUGUUCACCAUCUCUGAGGGUUAGCUACAGCCCUGUGUGUGAACAUUAAGCCAGAGGUGAUUGGCAGGACUUUACAACUGCAUCUCAUCUAGGGUUACUUGAGGACUGAAGAAGUCAAUGGUGUGGUUGGAGGAAUGUAAUGUCUCCAAGAUCUCCAGUGGUCAAAGCGUUCUCACCAGAUACAGGAUGAAUCUUGCAUUGUCCAGCAGCGAUUGCAUUUAACACUAGGAAUUACUGUGGUGGUUAUUUAUUAUCUGUUGUGCACCACAACAAUGUGCUUGGCUCUGUACAAUGCACAGGUGGCAAGACAGUCCCCACCCUGGAGACGUUGUCAUGUCGAGGACAGACAUUGUCAGAGGUCCUAGAGGAAGGAGCUACCCUAGCUGAUCUGGUUUUCCCUUCAUUUUCAUCCACUGUAUGACCCUUUCAUUUUCCAUUUGUGUUCCCCGUGGACACAAUGGCUCUGCAGGAGGGAUUAGAACCAGGAGAGGGUGGGGCCUGGCACAUUAGGAUUGAGGAGGUCAUUCUGUGCACACUUGGCAUCAGGGAAGGAGCUGUAAGAAGAGAUUGGAGGGGGAGCCAUGGCUGGCAUUGCUCACAGAGCAAAGGGAUCAGCAGGGGUACAAGUAGGGUAGGCAGGAUCCCAGAACUACGCCAGGACUGAGUUCAGCAGAGCCUUGAAGCGAAAGACAGGAAGGUUUGAACUCGUGAUGAUGAGCAAGGAGUGCUGCAUGGAGGACAAGGCAGAGGAUCUGGUUGUGACACUGGUGGGAGCAAUAUGGGUAGCGGAGAGGAGCAGGUUGCAGGAUUCAGUGGGGCUAUGGGCACGGGAAGAAGGGGCAGGAUGUUGAGAGGCUGUGGCUGUCAGCCUGAGUCAUGUAUUGAGUUUGAACUUUAGGCCCUGAGCUAGCAAAGGGGUCUGCCCACAUAGACUCUCAAAUCCCAGGCUGCCACCUGGGGUGUGAUCGCUUAGCAGGAGAUUCUGCCCUGCCCUUCUAUGGAUGCACCGUGAUGGAGCUGGGGAGUGUGAGGACCUUUCUCCCUCGCUUGGGCUGCCUGAGUCAGAGCCCCUCAGAAUUGUUGUCCCUUCGCUCAGAGAAGCACAGGAGCACCUCCUCCCCCAGGAGUGCACAGUGCCCCAAAGGGAGCAGGAAGGAGGCAGAUGAUGGCUCUGACCCCCUCCCCCACCCCCCACAUGAGUUGUCUGGUGUAGCAAGGGACCUGCUGCCUCAGUGUGCCUGGGAGAAAAGCUGCUCAUGGGAGUCAGAGCAGGUCUGCACGACCCAUUUCCUAUGCACUGUGCUUUCCAAAAGCCCUGCCCCCAACGCCCAUACCUCCCCGCCCACUUCCACCCGUGACGUUAUCAUCCCUCGGUAUAGAAGUGCCAGGCAGGGUCAGUCCUAGCCCGUGUGACUGAGGGCACCACACAGCUGCGCUCAGGAGCAGGGAAGCAUUUCUGCACAGAGCAGGUGAUGAUUUCACGGCCAAUGUUCCCACCCAGUCCUACUCCACAAGUCACCCCGUGAUUCCAGUGGGCCAAGCUGUGUAGCAAGAGGCGACCAGGCAUAAGGACCAAUGUGGCAGCGUUGGUCCCUAAAGGGUUGUUCUACGAAGACAAAUGAAAAGCAAGAAGUUUGGGGUGACAGCACAGGGGUCUUAGCAGCCUUUAUGCCUCACAUUUGAUUCCCCUAAGCUCAAAAUAGCAAAGAUACUUCGAUAUGUUCACACUUAAAAACAAUGGAAAAUAAAAGCACAAGCAAGUGGCUUAUAAAUAACUGGCCCAAAUCCUCAGCUGGUGUGAAUCAGCAUCUCUCCAUUGACCCCAAGGGAGUGAUGGCAAUUCACAUCUGACGAGAAGCUUUCCUUGUAUAUUAUGAAUGAAAUAUCUAAAAGAGGAACUGCAGGGAUACUACUUUGCAUUAGCAUUACUAGCUUUUUUUUCCCUUUCCCACUCUUUCCCUGUCCCUAAAUCACAGCCGGCAUGUCCCUUGGUAGCAUCUUCUGAUCCAGCGGAAGGGCAUGUCUGACAUUGGUUACCCGCUUGGCCGAGGAAGGGGGUGGUGGUGAGAUUUUGCACUCAUUUCUAACAAGCUGUGGAAGGUUUUAAUUAUCUUGUUGUGCAUUUUCAUCUAGGAAUAUACUGAUUUUUUUUCUUGUAAACUUAUUUUUCACUUUAAAUGAGAGUGGGGGUUUUUUUCUUUUAAUUUUUAUUCUUGGGGCAGGAUGGCGGGAAAGGGGAUUAGAACCUGAUUCUGGUUGUUCAGGAUUAUGAUUGCCUUUGUGUACAAUGAUUUCAUUUCAUUUGUUUGGGUUCAUUAAUUUUUAUGUGUGUAUAUUGUCCUCAGCCAUAGGCAGCAAGUACACUGAUUGUGAUGAUCCUUAUCAAUAGUGCACAGCCACACAGACAAAUAAAGUUUCUAAUUGUUUCAGAUUUA